AUGCGGAUGGCGUGUUCGGUAAUGAUGAUGGUGGUUGUGAUGGUGGUGUUUGUAGCGGUGCGGGUGCCCUCCGCUGCGUUGGGCGCCAACGUGACGAUACUCUCGCCCUGCUCCGCGGAUUCAAGAGUUGGCCCCGCAGCGGCGGCCGGCGAAGAGGUGGAGCUGUUCACGCUCGACGAGCUGGAGGCCAUGGGCGUUCGGCUGUCGCUGUCGCCCGCGGGCCUCGUGCUGCUCGGCAACAGAAGCAGCAGCCUCUUCUCCACCAACAACGCGUUCGGCGCGGCCAACGUGCUCGGAUCGGGCAACAUCUUCGUCCAGACCCUCAACGACGACCGCUCCGUCGCACGCCAAGACAACAUCAUCGCCUGCUCCGUCCUCGGCUCCGGGUGUAGGCUGAGGAAUGCAAACAAUGUGACGGGGUCGCUGGUGGGUCCCGGCGCGGUGCUGGCCGGCGACGCCAACCUGAUCGAGCGCGCCACGUUGGGCGCCGAUACCGUGCUGGCCGGCCCCCAGAACCGCAUCGUCGACGCGGCGCUGGGCCGCCACAACCUGCUCGCCGGCCGCGCCAACGCCGUCGUCGACGGCAGCGCGCUGGGCCACCUCAACCGCCUGGGCGACAGCAACCUCUUCUCCACCGGCGCCCGGCUGGGCCACAACAACUCCGUCAUCUCCGGCAACGUCGUCUUUGGCGCCACGCUCGGCGAUCGCAACGCGCUCGAGAGCUCGGCCAAGCUCCUGGUCGGCGCGCGGCUGGGCGACGACAACUUUGUCGAUGACCUCAACACGCUGGGCGCCGGCGCGGUGGUGGGCUCCCGCAACCGGCUGGGCACGACCAACACGAUCGGCGACGACGGCGGCGCACUGGUGGGCGACGACAACCGCCUGGGCGCGGGCGGGUUUUACCUCGACGGCGCGCGCGUGGGAUCGGCCAACGUGGUGGGCGAUGCGAACAACGUGACGGGCACUGGUGUCGGCGUCGACAACGUCGUGGGCCACUUCAACACGCUCCUAAGGUCGCUGGUGGGCGUCGACAACCGGCUGGGCGACCACAACACGCUCACCGAGGCCGUGGUGGGCCGCGACGUGGUGCUGGGCAGCCACAACGAACUGGAGCCGUCGGCGGUGCUGCAGAGCGGCGCGGUGGUGGGCUCCGGUUCGCGCAUCGGGCGCGAGGCGGUGGUGGGCCCACACGCGCGGAUCGGGUCGUGCGCGACCAUCGGCCGGCGGGGUCGCCUCGGCGCCCGUGCGGUCGUGGCCGACUGCGCCACUGUAGCCGACGACGAAGUGGUGGCGGCAGAUGCGACGGUGAAUGCGAGCGGGGAGUGCAACUGCACGGCGGCGCUGGCCGGACUGCGGACGACGACCGCCCUCGGUGCCGUGAGCGGCUCGGGGUGGGACGAGGCCUUGGCCACCUUCACCCUGCCACCCCGUCUCUCGCCCUCGAUCCCUGAUUUUUUCGUAAAAAUAAAUACACCAAUCUCGUAA